AUGCCUGGUCUCGACCAGAUUAUUCCGCAGCCCGAUUCAAGGGAGCUCCUCCCUCCUCUUUUGGCAUGCCUUGCGGUCUCAGGCACAGCAAAACAGGCACCGCCUGGUUUACUCCCCCUCGUUUCCCCGAUUCUUCGUCAACGCCUCCAGCUCGUUUCCACGGACGACUGGCUCUCCCUUCUUUGCUGGGAUCGAGACGUUGCAGCAAGAUUGCCCGCAGUUAUCGAAAACAUCCACGUCGAACCGCACCCAGCGUCCGGCGAGAUUGAACCCGAGGACCCAGACCAGAUACUGUACAGGCGGUCAGAUCCUGAAACGCUGCACACACGACUUGUUCUGCGCGAAUUUGGCAUAAUACCAACAUACCUCUGGUGCACAGGAGGAGAGGGUGGUAGUAGAUGGCUUUUUGCUGAGCUCAGAGGAAUUGCCGAUGCAGACGAUGGCACAGAAUGGUUCGAGAGCCUAGGCGAGGCAAACGAAGCAGGUUUCCGCCGCAAGCCCUCAGAGACCAACGGCUACCCGACACAAGAGCCCCCACAGUACGUUGAGCCGCAGCAAGAGGACGACGAGGAUGACGAUGGCUCAUACUGGGCCGCUUACGAUGCUACCCCCAAUACCCGCACACCCGUGCAGAAGCGCUCGCCCGCACCCCAACCUGGCCGCACGCAGAUUGGCCCCACGCAGUCCGAACUCGAAUACUUCGCACGGUAUGCCUCAGAGGUGCAGCCCGCCCUCGACGCACACGAUCCAGACGAAGAGAACCCGGAAGCUGGCGAGUCGACAUUGAACGGCAACGCCCUGACUUACACCCGAACUCCCCAGACCGAGCCCCUCGAGACAUCGAACCUGGGCCCCAACGGCUACGACUCGUCCCUGCCACCAGCAUACGGUAAUAGUCCUCGCGAAGAGAGCAGGACAGAAUAUAUCGAGUCCGUCUACGAAGCUCAGCACGCGGCGCUGAAUCACCCUCGACCCAGCUCAUCAUCGUCCUCGAGGUCAAUUGAGAAGCUGGAACGGGAGGCGGUGAGCCACAGUCAGGCUGAGCUUGCGAUCAAACAGCAUAUCAGCACGGAUAUUAAGAGCUUAUUCAGGCUGGCGAGAGCAUCGGGCAUUGAUAGGGAAGAGUUUGAGAGGAUCAUUCAGAGGGAACUUGAGGUGCUGCCUCUGCUGGAGAGGGAUUCGGACUGA